AUGUUCCGCAACUUUGUAAAUUUGGCGAUUGGCAACGGUACUCGCUGCUUUGCCACGUCGACCCAAGCUAAAACUGGAACGCCAGCCGCCAAGCCGAUCAGAAAGGCGGCCGUCAGCGCCUACAACCUGUAUGUGAAAGAGCAGCUUGAGCAGCACAGGGAAGCGAAUGAGGCCUCAAAAGACCUGCUAAAGAAGUCGGCCGGGCAAUGGAAGAUGCUAGAUGCCGCAAAGAAGGAGGUCUACGCUCAACGUGCGAAGGAAUUGACUGAAGAACGACGCCGCGCCCAGGAAAACAUGAGCCCGGCCGAGCGGGAAGAGGCUUUGAAUAAGAAGCACGAAAAGGCCGAGCGCCAGUUCAAGAAGCAAGUCCGUGAGGAGCGCGAGAAGUCUGGCUACCCCAAGCAUCCAGGCGGCCCUUAUGCCCUCUUUGUCAAAGAUGUCGCGGCCGAAGCUCACAAGGAAGGGCAAAAGGGAGACUUUGCGACGUACAAAGCCAAAUGGGCCGAGCUGAAGCCGGCGGACAAGAAGAAAUACACGAAACUGGCCGCCGACGAGUAUGCCAAGUACACCGCCAAGAUGAAGGAGUGGAAGGAGAAGUCCCAUGAACCGAGCGCCAGCUCCGCCUCCAAU